UUUGGUUUACCUUUUCUUACAAUUAUGGUGGUUGGUUCAUUUGGUCUUUCACAAUUAACACAAACUAAAUUUGAUCAUAGAGAUAGAAGACAUACUCAAAUUAAAAAAGAAGAAGCCUUAGGCAUGGAUAAGAAUAGACGUAAACUAAGUUUACAAGAAGAGUACUUUCGUUUACAAGCAAAAACAGAAGAUGAAUGGGAGCAAGUUAGAAUUACUCGACCUCCCGGAUCAGGUGAAAAAUAA